GACGUUUUGUUAAUCACGUGGGCAUCAAUCCGCGCGUCAUUGUCGGUGCCAGAGCAAAGGAGGCAGACAUGUCUACUGAAGAAGUUGAAACUCCCGUCGCGGAAAAUGGCUCAUCUGAGCCCAAAUCAUCCUCUCCAAAGCCAGCAGUUAAAAAGGAGAAGUCGUCGGGUGACAGAGACAACCGUAGUCGAGGAGGCAGGGACAGGAGAGAUCGGGACCGUGACAGGCGCUACCAGCCUUAUGGUCGAGAAGGGCGCGGUGGUGGUGGCGGUGGAGGGAGAGGGUCGCGUGCGCACGGCCAGGACCCGGAGAGAACUGUCUACAUCAGUAACAUUCCAUAUGAGAUGAAAUGGCAGGACAUCAAGGACCUCUUCAGAGAUAAGGUCGGAGAGGUGACGUAUGUUGAGAUGUUCACAGACAUGGAUGGGAAGUCCAGGGGCUGCGGUAUUGUAGAGUUCAAAGACAAAGAUGUAGCAAAGAAGGCUGUGGACAACUUACACAAACAUCAGAUCAAUGGCAGAAACAUCAUUGUCAGAGAAGAUAGCAGUGGUGAACUGCAGCGCAGAGCUAGAAUCAAGAAUGAUCAGGGCAUGCCAGGGGGAGACAUUGGGGGUGGACCCAUGGGGGGUAUGGGUGGAGGAAUGGGCAACAUGGGAGGGGGUAUGGGCAACAUGGGAGGUGGAAUGGGCAACAUGGGAGGAGGCAUGGGCAACAUGGGAGGAGGCAUGGGUAACAUGGGGGGUGGAAUGGGCAACAUGGGCGGGGGAAUGGGCAACAUGGGUGGGGGGAUGGGUGGCAACUCCAAUGUCGACCCUGACCUGAUGAGGAGGCUUAACAACGGAGACAUCAGCAACGUUGUGUUUGUGGCCAAUCUUGACUACAAGGUCACUUGGAAGAAGUUGAAAGACAUCUUCAAGAUGGCAGGAAAUGUGCUGAGAGCGGAGAUCAAGACAGACAAUGAGGGCAAGAGCCGAGGCCAUGGAACCGUCACGUUCGAGUUCCCACUUGAAGCAGCACAGGCUAUCUCCAUGUUCAAUGGCCAGAAGUUAUUUGACAGAACUAUGGUUGUCAGACCGGACUCCAAAGCACCAGGCGACAUGGGUCGAGACCCUGGACCCAAACUGCCAAGUGGACUGAGUGGAAUCGGUGCUGGACUCGGUCCAGGUGGACAGCCACUCAAUGUGCACCAGAUGGGCAGUGGUGGUGGUGGUGGUGGAGGAAACAUGGGAGGAGGAAUGGGAAGUGGCGGCAUGGGUGGAGGAGGAAUGGGUGGAGGCAUGGGAGGCGGCCUCGGUGGAGGCAUGGGUGGAAAUAUGGGAGGUGGAAUGGGCAACAUGGGAGGCAUGUCUGACCUUGGUGGCAGCAUGGGUGGGAUGGGAGGCGGAAUGGGAAACAUGGGAAGAGAUGCCAGGUUGUCAGUGAGCACGUCUAGGGAGGAUAUAGGGAGAGGCACAGGUGGGCUAGGGAUGGGUGACCUUGGAGGUGGCAUGGGCAUGGGAGGAGGCAUGGGCAACAUGGGAGAUACCAUGGGCAGCAUGGGGGGAGGCAUGGGCAGUCCUAACAUGGGCAGCGGCAUGGGCGGAGGAUUCGGAGGCGGCAUGGGAGGAGGAAACAUGGGUGGAAUGGGCGGAGGCAUGGGCAACCCCAUGGGUGGUGGUAUGGGCGGAGGAGGUAUGGGAGGAGGCGGUGGCAUGAUGGGAGGAGGUAUGGACAAUAACAUGGGCAGAGGGAUGGGUGGCCGCAACAGGAGCUGCCAGAUCUUUGUCAGAAACCUCCCAUGGGCCUUCACCUGGCAGAUGCUGAAGGAGAAAUUCAAGAGCUGUGGCCGAGUGAUGUAUGCGGAGAUCAAGACUGAGAAUGGAAAAUCGAAGGGAUGUGGCACUGUCCGCUUUGAGACCCCUGAGGGUGCUCAAAGAGCUUGUGAUAUGAUGAACGGCAUCAAGCUGGACGGGCGUGAGAUCGACAUUCGCAUUGAUCGUUCUGUCUAGGUCGGCUGGCCUGGUUUCGUGCUGUGAGCAGGGUCUGUUAGUUUUCCUGUGCUUCCCCACCGUCCUCCAUUCCCUGCAUCUCUGGCUCCCUGCCAUUCAGCAGUUCCAAGUGUAGUUGUAUCUGUGGUGAUUGACAUGGCUCCAGGGUGUUGUAUUGGUAGAUACUGUCCAUUACAGCUGCAGAGAAUCCACGCAAUCUGACAACAUAUAUUCAUGACUUCUAAGGUGGUUGACUUCAUCGAUGGUCAAAGCAUCACAGAGUUAUGAUCGCUCAGUAUGAAACAUUGGGCUAGUGAAUAUCUUACAAAAGUAAAGUGGUUGAAGUUUAAGUCCUCAGCCAAAGUCUUUUCUGGAUAAGGUUACAAAUAGUCAUCCACUGAUUUUCCAUGUUUUCAAGUUACCGCUGGAUGGACCUUGUACAUAGUGGAUCACACAGCACAGAAUUUUGUUAUUUUAUUUUCUGCUUUAUCUACUGUUUUAUCCAAUUGUUUUUGUAAAAAUAAGUGCCAUUCCUUGAAAUGCUGUUCUGUAGGGUUUGUUCCGUCAGAGAUUUUGGAGAACAUACGCAGCAAAUCUUCAGUCAUCAUUUGAAUCCAAUAUCCCAAGGAGUAACUGUCUCUUCCAUGGCACCAGUAUUGUAGCCCAAAUCAUUGGGCCUCUUGAAAAUAUUUUCUGUACUGUAUAGUGUAGGCCAUUUUACUGUUUCUUUUUACUAUCAGUAGAACCAAAGUGUUAGUUCCUUAGAGUGGCACAGCAGUUUGAUGUGGUCAAGAGACGAUCUUGGAUGCAACUGUGUUACUUAGUUUUCAUCAUUGCAUAGUCUUCUGUAUGAAGGGUUAUACCCUUGUUGCUAGUUGUUAAGAAACAAGUGUAUUUUGUUCUUGGAACAGUAUUAGUCUCUACCAUCACCAUCAGAUCCUGUCUAAAAGACAAGUCAUUGUGGAUGAAACUCUGUCAAAUGUGUGUGGGUUGGAUGAAAGAGGUUUGCAUCAAGAAGGCCAAAGGACAAAAUAAAGGUUGGCUUGUCAGA